AUGCGUGUAUUUUCUUUAAGUUGCAAUUUGGUUGAGUUAGUUAAACAACACAGAGAAAAUAAAAUAGCUUUUUACAUAAAUUUACUUUGACUAAACAGAGUAAAUUGAAUAUCGUUUCACCAUCAUAGUGUAGAUUCAGUUAUAUACUUAUAUGAUAGUAAAACCAUUUGUCUAACGAUAAAUUUUGAAUAAAAUUGGCUAUAGUAGAAUCAAAAGACAAUACAGCCACCUACAAUAUCUCUUGCAUAUUUAACUUGUUUAGCAAGAUAAGUUAUCAGUCUUAUCAGCUAUUUUAGGCUAAUUCUAUUUUUCGCAUGACUUUCACCAAAUAGACUUAGAGCAACACAUGUUUUUGGGAGCAGCAGUUUCUAUUGCAUGCCGCGGCCAACAGCAAACAAUAAUAGUUUUGGACUUGUCACAUUGGUUACUUUUGUUUUCUAUAUUGGUUAACCGUCAACUAAUCCAAAACUUACAAUAAUCAUUAUUAUUUUGAACUGGUCUUGUUCUAAACAAACUAGUUAAACUCGUUAAGAUAUUUGUAAUCGGAAUAUACGCACUGAAUGGAAUUCCUCUUAUGCGUGGUUAAAGCUGUCACCCAAAGGUAUUAGUGGAUUUGUUUGACAAUAGAUCGAUGUAUUAGUGGUUAAAAAGGAUUCGGAUUGGUGUGUUAUAUGGAUACGUUAGGGGACAUGGUACUGUCUGUUUUUGGUAUGCAAAAGACUAUAAAGUUGUAUUGAAAUGUGAAGGAGCAUACUACAAAGGGACAAAGGUAGAGUCCAAAAUUUGACUUUUCCACUAUUUUGUAUUCAAACAUUUAAUCACUUUUUCAUAUGUUCAUUUUCUAAUCUUUUUGCCUCGUGUAUGAUCGGAUGGUGGGAGCGGAGACACGUUCUUAUGAACUGUUUUGACUUCUAGACUUCCGUGUGAAUCACCAAAUUUGUUAUUUGUUGGAUUAUUAUGAUUAUUAUCGUUUUGUACUGAAUAUAUAGGUUUCUUAAUACCAAUAUAUUGUACCGGAAUACGGUCAAAUAUGAUAUUAUUCUCGAGAUGUUAGACUAAGCAUAUUCUGAUAGCCCAAAAUAGUUGACUUUUUGUCAGCUAUUCUCUUAUCCCAUUCUCUUCUCCAUGCCUUGCUCGAGCAUUAAACUUGUCACGUUGCGCUUGCCUUCGCAAACCAGAUAAUAUUAGUUGACUAACGGAAUGGGAUAGAACAAUUAUUAUAUAAAACUUCUCUAAAACUUAUAGUUUCACCAAUCCAAAUUUUUAUGUCACCUAUCCAAAUUUGGUUUUACUAUGUAACCCAAAACGCUGAUAGCUAAGAUUAUAUUAGAUUAACAAAAAUUAUCUCUGACGUACAAAAAAAAAUCAUUUUCAAAUUUUGCUAACUUUUAUUUCCUCGAAUUACUCUAUACAAAUGUUUACCAUUUUUUAGUUUAAUUCUACAAAACAUCAUCUUUCUUUUACACCAUACAAAUUGUAUGUGUCGUUAUGGUUUCUAAGAGUUUGGUACGAAGUCCUAAACCAUUUAAUUAAGAGUCUUUUUUAAACAAUGAAAAUUGUUGGAAACAACUUGUUUAGAUGUCUGACUUAUGGCAGUAUGAACCUUCAUUAUUAUUAACAUAAAGCCAACAAACAAAGAAAACUCGAUUUGCAAAUAUAAUAUUCAAUUCUUAAUAUUGACAGGCUUGCCCUCCUCAUUUGCUUAUAAAUUUCACAUGAUCUACAGUCCUUUCAAACAACAACCAUAAACAAAAAAAAAAACGUAAAAACACAAUGACCAAAGAAGUUAACUCCAAGAUUGGAGUUUGGUUGUUAUUCACCUUAAUUAUUAGUAACUAUGUCGUCGAUCUCGAAGCCUCACACCAUGUCUACAAGAGACUUACCCAAAGCACUAACAUCAAAUCUCCUUCUGUAAACCAGCCCUACCGGACCGGCUUCCAUUUUCAACCACCCAAAAACUGGAUGAACGAUCCAAAUGGCCCUAUGAUAUACAAAGGAAUAUAUCAUCUUUUCUACCAAUGGAACCCGAAAGGCGCCGUGUGGGGUAACAUCGUGUGGGCCCAUUCCACGUCAACAGAUUUAAUCAACUGGGACCCACAUCCUGCAGCCAUCUUCCCAUCUGAGCCGUUCGAUAUCAACGGAUGCUGGUCCGGUUCGGCUACAAUUCUCCCCGACGGCAAACCGGUUAUCCUCUAUACCGGAAUCGACCCCAAGAACCAACAGGUCCAAAACAUAGCCGAACCUAAAAAUCUCUCCGACCCAUAUCUCGUUGAAUGGACCAAGUCGCCGUUAAAUCCUCUGAUGGCUCCUGACGCCGUCAACGGAAUCAACGCCAGCUCGUUCCGUGACCCAACCACCGCGUGGCUUGGCCACGACAAGAAAUGGAGAGUGAUCAUCGGAAGCAAGAUCCACCGUCGUGGACUAGCGAUCACUUACACGAGCAAAGACUUACUAAAAUGGGAAAAAUCUACCGAGCCGUUACACUACGACGACGGAAGUGGAAUGUGGGAGUGUCCUGAUUUUUUCCCCGUGACUAGGUUUGGCUCCAAAGGCGUUGAAACGUCGUCUUUUGGUGAACCUAAUGAGGUUUUAAAACACGUGUUGAAAGUUAGCUUGGAUGACACGAAACAUGAUUAUUACACUCUCGGUACGUACGAUAGGGUUGGAGAUAAGUUCGUACCCGACAAGGGUUUUAAGAUGGACAGUUCGGCUCCUAGAUACGAUUACGGAAAGUACUAUGCGUCGAAAACGUUUUAUGACUCAGCCAAGAACCGGAGAAUAUUGUGGGGUUGGACUAACGAAUCAUCAUCGGUUGAGGAUGAUGUCGAGAAAGGCUGGUCCGGUAUUCAGACGAUUCCGAGGAAAAUUUGGCUUGAUCGGUCCGGGAAACAGUUGAUUCAAUGGCCGGUUAGGGAAGUAGAGAGAUUACGUACGAAUCAAGUCAACUUACGGAACAAAGUUCUAGAUUCAAGAUCUAGACUAGAAGUCUAUGGUGUGACAGCUGCACAGGCAGAUGUGGAGGUUUUGUUCAAAGUGAGAGAUUUGGAGAAAGCGGAUGUGAUAGAACCGAGUUGGACUGAUCCACAGUUGAUAUGUAGUCAGAUGAAUGUAUCAGUUAAGUCCGGUUUAGGUCCAUUCGGUUUAAUGGUUCUCGCAUCUAAGAACUUGGAAGAGUACACAUCGGUUUACUUUAGAAUCUUCAAAGCCCGACAGAAUAGCAAUAAGUACGUUGUGGUCAUGUGCAGUGACCAAAGCAGAUCUUCACUGAAGGAAGAUAAUGACAAAACAACCUAUGGAGCUUUUGUGGAUGUUAAUCCUCGCCAACCACUCUCCCUCAGAGCCUUGAUUGAUAAUUCAGUAGUGGAGAGUUUCGGUGGAAGGGGAAGAGCAUGCAUUACCUCCAGAGUGUAUCCAAAACUGGCAAUAGGAAAAGGUUCACAUCUAUAUGCCUUUAAUUAUGGGUCUCAAAGUGUGGAUGUCUUAAGCCUAAGCGCUUGGAGCAUGAAGUCUGCCCAAAUCAGUUGAUCACAUAUGCGGAGAUAGACACACACACACACACACACACACACAUAUAUAUAUGCAUAUCUCCAUUUGUUGAGCAUAUGAUAUGAUUUUGAAGAUCUUACAAGGUCCAGUUUGUUUGGUUGUCAAAAUAGAGUCAAAUUUGUUUGUUUGAGAUAACUUUCAAGUUAUAUGACAUUUUAUUUGACUUCUCAUAGAGUUGGUUUACUAUUUUAAAUUUAAAAGUCUAUUCUCGUUA